ACGUUACGUGUGUGCUGUGUCGUCACGUCUUAAAUCAGGAAGAGGAACUGGACUCAGUCGUAAAAGAGAACUUCAUAUUUGUGUGUGUAUCUUCUGUUGCCUUUAAAAUACACUAACUUACUAUGAAACAUUUAUUUCUUCUGCCUCUGCUGCUGUGGGCUGUUUCUCAUGCCGACGACGCGAAUAAUGGGCAGAAGCCCAUUACCACUGCAAAACAAUUACCCGUACUCAAGAGCACUUCAAACAUCAGCAUCAGUACCGAUGGGUCUGAUAAAAACACCACAAGCAGCGUCAAGAAAAUGGGCUUCGAUCUGGACGGCGCGAUGAUUAACCGGGCACUGUAUGUUCUUAUCGGGAUCACGGCCAUCGGAGUUCUGUAUUUCUUAGUCAGAGCUGUCCGUCUGAAAAAAAAAGGUGUUCAGAGGAAGAAAUACGGGCUCCUUUCAAACCAUGACGACACAAUGGAGAUGGCCCACCUGGAAAGCGAUGAGGACGAUAACACUGUUUAUGAAGCCAAAUCGUUGAGAAGAUGAAUCUCGGGGGGAUGUGUGAACACUGCCAGAAAAAGAAUGUAAUGAAGACAAUCCCAUUCUCUCCACCAAAAUGGUUGUUGAAUGAUUUUGUUGUCGUUUUCAACAACCAUGAGAGGAUCUAGUCACGACGCUUGGAUGCUUUUGUUCCAAGAAUUAUGUGGAUAUUAAAGUGUGGCUUUAAACUAGAUAGCUACAUUUUGGACUGACAUGACCAAAUUGAUCUUUUUGGAAAUUUCUUGGAAGGUCGUACUUUUUUCUUUUCUUUUUUUUUUUUUUUUUUUUUUUUUUUUGUGUGGAAAGUUAGUUAUCAGAUUUCUUUCUGCAUCAAAACUGUUUUGUGCCAAAGUUACUUAUGUAUCAUUUGUUGUGGGGGUAUAAAUCUGAGUAUGAGUCAAUGUGUGUUAAUUAAUAUAAAACACACACUAACAGUCCUGAAAGUUGUUUGCUAAUUUAUUAGAUCAUUACAUUGUUUGGACUAUGUGAAUUUUUCGUUUUAGAUGUACCAUCAUAAUAUGAUAGAUAUUUUGCUUUUUUUAAAUUCAUUCUUUCGUUCUUUCUUUCAUACUUCCUUUCUUUCAUACUUCCUUUACUGGGGCUAUUUCUAUAUACUGACUUCAUUUCAGAUUUAAAAAAAAUGUGUAUGAAUAUGCCAAAUACCAGCAUAUGUAAGGGAUGCACUUUAAUUUUUAGGGUUUAGAAAGUAAAGCAGCCAGUCAUGAUAUUUUAUGCCAUGACAGCACCCUGACCGUCUUUGUACCAUUGCAAGGUUGGUUUGAUAAAUAAAAUGAGUUGUAUUUUUAAAGACUAAACAUUUUGGGUCCAAACGUAGAUGUGCUUUGUGCUCAGUUCUGCUUUCAAAGUCAUUGGGUGUGUUAAGGUUGACUUGUGAAAGUCAUAUAUAUAUAUAUAUAUAUAUAUAUAUAUUUUAAUGGAUGUGGUUUUGCAAUUAAAUAGCUUUACGUAUUUGCAAAACCACACCCAUUGAAAAAAAGAAUGUAACUUUCACAGGUCAACUUUAAUUAACACACCCAAUGACAAAUGAUUGUGCUGUCAAAACAGCAAGCCAUCUUCAGGUAUAUGGAUCAAACCACAGAAGUGUAAAUGAUGGCAAUCACAUGGUUAUAAAUAAACUUACUUGUCAAUUCUGUCCAAUACUGUCAAAUUUAAAUGCAUAAAGUAUUGCUCUAUCAAUAUUUAAUGUACAUAAUUCUAAUGAUUCCUGAAGCGUGCCUUGAAUUCAUCACCUUUUUGAAAGUGCAUUUGAUUGGAUGUGUUUUUGGGCUUUUUUGUAAUUAAAUUCUAUUCUAUAUUUUCUCCUA